UCAGUACCGCCCCGACAGUCAAGGAGGGAGGACGUUCGCGCCCGGCAGUCCCACUCCUCGCACGUAACAUAUGACCUCCUUCACGUGACCUGUGACCGUGCCUGUGAUACCUGAGGCGGGGAGGGGAGGGGGUGUGUGGUCCAACAUCGACCGGAACGCAGUGUCGUCAAAAAUUUUCCUUCAAUCGAACACACAAAAAAAAACUGAACGAAAAUGGAAACUACAUAGCCAAGUGCCACCAUAAUAAUAAUAAUAAUAAUAAUAAUAAUAAUAAUAAUAAUAAUAAUAAUAAUAAUAAUAAUAAUAACAAGGUAUAGUGCAGCACAAAUAUUUUCCAGCCAACUUUUCCUUCACCGUGAUUUAGUUAUCAGACGCAAGAAGCCGGAAGCAGGGAGGGAGGCGGCAGCCCCUACCCACCCACCCAGGCCCUUCCCUCACCAUGCAGGGGCCGCGGGGACUCCUGCUGCUACUAUUGCUUCUGGCCGCCCUCACUCUCACCCUCUCCCAGAUCCCCCAAGACCCAGGUCAGGUGGUGCAGGUGGUGGUGGUGGAGGGGGGCGCGCGCUCCUCCCCUGUGACGUGACAGCCCCCCGCCCUGGUGACAGCCCCAUCCUGGUGUUGCUGUACAAUGGAGUCACCGGCAUGCCCAUAUACAGUAUCGACGCACGGAAGGGACCCACCGCCCUCACCGCCCACUGGUCAGGCCUUGGGGAGCGCGCCCACUUCGACCUGACCUCGCGCCCCCCGGCCUCGUCCUGCAGGGAGUGAGGGAGGGGGACGCAGGACUCUACCGUUGCAGGGUGGACUUCGCCGCCUCCCCCACCAGGAACCUCGCCGUCACCCUCUCUGUUGUGGUGCCCCCGGAGAGUGUAGUAAUUGAAGGGCGUGAGGGCCUGGAGGUAUCGGGGGUCAUCGGCCCCUAUCAUCUUGGGGAAGGCUCUCACCCUCACCUGUCACGCGUCCAAAGGUCAGCCGCGCCCUAGGGUCACGUGGUGGCACUCGGGGUCACUCCUGGACGAUGUGGUGGAGGAGGUCAAGGGUCAUGUCACCAGCAACACCCUGACCUUACCUGACCUGACCCGCCAGCACCUCCACCGGGUUCUCACCUGCCGCGCCGCCUCCUCCAACCUGACCCAGCCCACCCUCGCCUCAGUCACGCUGGAUAUGACCUUUCCGCCGCUCGAGGUAAAGAUAGAGGGAAACCUGACGGGGCUGCACGAGGGCGGCCUGCACACCCUGUCCUGCCAAGCCACAGGGUCACGCCCCCCGCCAACCUGACCUGGUGGCUGGAUGGUGACCUUGUGACCUCCAGCAACACACAGGUGCUUCAGGAGGGCAACGUGAGCAAGUCCACGUACACCUUCUCCCCGGGGAAGGGCACAGGAUGGGGCCCACGUCACCUGCAGAGCGGAGAACCCAGUACUGAGGGCGUCCGGUGCUGUGGAGGACACGAGGAGACUGGGAGUAUAUUUCUCCCCCCGCCUGGACCUCCGCGUGGGUCGUCGCCUGCAGCUGGACAACAUCAAGGCGGGCGAGGACGUGUACUUCGAGUGUGUCAUUGAGGCGAACCCGAGGCCACACCGCGUCAGGUGGUUCCUCGAGGGCAAGGAGUUGCAUCACAACGUGGGCGCGGGCGUGAUCCAAAGCAAUCAGUCCCUCGUGCUGCAGGGCGUGACGCGCGCCUCCACCGGGAACUACACCUGCAGCGCCACCAACACCCAGGGCAUGGCCUCCUCCCCGCCCCUACACCUAGCAGUCAAGUUCGCCCCGGUGUGCUCGGCGGGGCAGAAAUGGGUGUACGGGGCCACGCUCAGCCAGGCCGUCAACGUAUCGUGCCGUGUGGAGGCCUUCCCGCCCCCCGCCUCCUUCAAGUGGGUGUUCAACACCUCCACGGAGUUCACGGAGCUGAGCGAGGAGCUGGUCACCUCGCAGGGCGGCGAGAGCGUGGUGGCCUACACGCCCCUCACCCACCACGACUUCGGCUCGCUGCUGUGCUGGGCCUCCAACCAGGUGGCGGUGCAGGCACACCCCUGCGUGUUCCACGUCGUGCCCGCCACUGUGCCAGAGCCGGUGGACAACUGCAGCGCGUGGGAGGGCGUGGGCGCCGCCGGACGUGUGGUGGUGGCAUGUCAGCCUGGUUGGAGCGGCGGCCUGGACCAGACCUUCACCCUGGAGGUGAGGGAGGCGCCGCGGCCAGGGGACCAGGACACGGACAACACAGACACCAACGCGGCGGCGGGCAGGCUGCUGGCGGCGCUGCGGGACCAGGCCGAGCCGCAUUUCACGGUGACGGGACUCCGGCCGGGACGGGAGUACCGCCUGGCAGUGGUGGCCGCUAACGCCGAGGGCGCCGCGCAGCCCACGGUGCUGGUCCACCUCACGCCCAUCGACGUGGCAGAGAAACGAACAAGCCCCGUGGUGGCCGAGGCGUGGCCGCCCGACCACCUGGCCGUGCUCACGCCCGUGCUGGGGGCGGUGGCGGGCGCCGUGGCCUCCCUGCUGGCCUGCUCCCUCCUGCUGCUGCUGCUGUUGGCACGCUCCCGCGCCGCCACGCGCACCCACGCACACACCAGCAUCCUGUACAUGGAUCCCGCGGCGGAGGGCGGCAUCACACAGCAGCAGCAGCAGCAGCAGCAGCAGCAGCAGCAACAACAGCAGCAACAACAGCAGCAGCCCGAGGCAAAGGCUGACGCCCGGAGAGCGCGCCCUGACGUGACCCUUGUACGGGGCCCAGGGAGAGACGAGGCCUUGCAGGGCCAGGAGAGGAAGACGGAAGAGGAGAAGGAAGAAGAAGAAGGAGGAAGAGGAGGAAGCAAAGGAGGAGGAGGAGGCGGAGGAGGAGGAGGAGGCGAAAGGGAGCCACACAAACACUACUCCCACCUCACCUCUGACUUGUUAAAGCAGCAGCAGCAGCAACAGCAACCCGUGGCGGCGACUGCUGACCUGCCUCCCCAGCAAGACUGCCUCAAGUCCACAGGGAAGGACGCCUGUGCUUCCCCAGCUUCCCCCGGCUCCACCCCAGCCUCGCCCAGUCCCCGCGGGUCAGGCUGGGCGGGCCGCUACCUCUCCAGCGUCACUAACCGAAGAAGCCUGUUCCCUUGGCCACGCCGCCAGGUGGAGGAGAGCUGCGUCUAGGGCUGUGUACGCCGCAUGCACGCACGCACACACACACACUCACUCACUCACUCACUCUCACACACACACACACACACACACACACACACACACACACACACACACACACACACACACACACGACCAACAACUAUUUCAAUAUUAGUGUAUCGAUGGGAAAAUUAAUAUGUAUGGAUGUAUUUUGCUACCUUUUAUUUUACUUUAUUAAACGUACGUGUAUAUCCCGUCUGAGUCUCUCUCUCUCUCUCUCUCUCUCUCUCUCUCUCUCUCUCUCUCUCUCUCUCUCUCUCUCUCUCUCUCUCUCUCUCUCAC